UAACACAAGGAAAAAGGGGCAAUAUUGGAAAAUAAAGGCUGGUCGAUAACAAAAGCAACGAAGGCUCGACUCCGAAACAGAAAUUGCAAUCAUAUCAAUUCCUAUCCGCAGGUCCAUUAGCUACUGAUUCGUGUCUCGGUGAUUAAAGAUAUAGCAAAUCCAUAAAAUGAAGGGUAACAGAGCUCGCGUAAAAUGGGACGAAGAAAAUCUCGGGGAAAUUGAAGCAAAUAAGCCUGUAAGGCAGAAAAUCACUGAACCCAAGACACCAUAUCACCCUAUGAUUGAUGAUGAUGGUUCUUUGUCUCCCAGGCGAGGUAGCUUUGAUGAUGUUGUUAGUGAUAUGAUGCGUGCAGAAGAACUGCGUACUGCUUUGGAUACAGUGGUUUCAUCAAGUAGCAACAGUGGUACGCGAUCCGGUGGAUGGACGUCAUCAGAUGAUGAAGCUGAUCCAAUGGACCAAGAUGAAGAAGGUUGUGAAUCAGAUAGGAGUGCAAGUUUUAAGGAGCAUAGACGAGUACACUAUGAUGAGUUUCUGAAAGUAAAGGAACUCAGGAAGAAUGGUUCUUUCUUGGUGGAUGAAGAAGAAUCAGAAGAAAACGGUGGUAACAAGAGAAACGGUGAAUCAUUGUUAAGCGCUGGCGUGAAAGAUAUAGACAUUGAAGAUGGUUCUGCAGCUUUACCUCAACAUUCAUCUUUUCCACCAGCUAAUGGAGCUUAGGAGCAAUCUGUGCUCUGAUGUAUCACUCGAAAGCUGACUGUUUUGACAUUUGUUAUAACUUUCAUGUUGUUUUUGUGUACUAUGAAAAAACCCUUGUUAUUAUUGUUUUCAUAUUGGACCAUGUAAAACUGUAAAUAGUUUUAAACUCAAAUUUGUGUCAUAA